GAAAGGUGUUAGCUGGAAUUAGCUGGAACUGGAACAACUUUUUGUAAACUGUUUUGUUCAGAUUAACAUUUGCAGUUCUUUUUGCUGACAGUCUUGUUAUAUAUAGAUAUAUUGUAAGAGUAUUGUUUCUGUUCAGUUGUAGCAUGCCAACAUGAGCCCCCCUGUGUCCCAAGUGGUGGUUGUUGGCGGAACACACGGCAAUGAGAUGUCGGGAGUCUGUCUGGCUAAACACUGGCUUCAGGACCCUUCAGAACUACGUAGAAAAUCCUUUACAGCUGAUAUAUUGUUAGCAAAUCCUAUUGCAGUGGAACGCUGUGUACGUUAUAUAGACAGGGACCUCAAUCGUUCCUUUUCACAUGAACUCCUAAGUGCCUCAGCUUCGGAAAGUGAUUCUUAUGAGGUAAAACGGGCGAGGGAGAUAUAUCAGAAGUAUGGACCAAAGCAAUCUUCUUUAAAUUUUGUUAUUGACCUUCACAACACAACCUCCAAUAUGGGUACAACGAUACUACUCUUUAAGGGAGACAAUUUUGCAUUGCACUUGGCAAACUACUUGAAGACUAAAUGUGUUGAUCCUUCUUUCCCAUGUCACAUCCUCCUCAUUGACAUACCAGAACAAGGGCAUGUUCAUCUGCAGAGCAUGGGAAAGCAUUCGAUAAGUCUGGAGCUAGGCCCACAGCCUCAAGGAGUAGUAAGAACAGAUGUUCUUGCAAGAAUGAAGGUGCUUGUGAACAGCAGCUUGGAUUUUCUUGACCUGUUUAACCAGGGCACAGAGUUUCCCAGUUUUGAAGCAGAAGUGCACCAAGUUUUGCACAAGGCUGAUUUCCCUCGCGGUGCAGAUGGUGAAAUACAGGCCUUUAUCCACUCAGAGUUGCAGGACAAAGACUAUCUUCCUCUAAAGCCAGGUGAUCCCAUUUUCCAAAGGCUGAAUGGAGAUGACAUAUUGUACAAUGGAGAGAAACUAAUCUAUCCUGUGUUUAUAAAUGAAUCAGCAUAUUAUGAAAAAAAAGUUGCUUUCAUUGCAACUGAAAAAAAGCACUGCUUUGUCCCGGCUCUCAAGCUCCAGAAUUAGGUUGUUCAAGAUAUUAUAUGCUUCAUUUCCAAAGAGGCCUUUCUGAUAGGUGUAGUUGUAUAAGGUUGACAAAUUAUGUCCAUCACCUUCAACCUUUUGUCCAAGAGAAACCUGCAUAAUUUCAGUUUGAAGCACCUGCAAUGCAGUUAUGACUACACUUACAUUUCUCAGGAAGCAAUUACCUAUGCAACAGAGGAUUGGCAACAGGGCCCCAAACAUGACACAAUGCCAGCCUGAUGCCCUUUAAACAUAUAGUAGCAUAUUACAGUUCAUAAUUAUAAUUUUAAUUUCUUAUAUAUUUUACUCCAUUCUGAGGCCUUAAUGGUAAAAAAAUCCACCCCCUUUUUAUUACUUAAGCUCAUUCAGUUGGGGUUAUGUAAAAAACUUGCAUAAACAAUAUCUGAAGUGCUAGAAAUUAAUAUAUAUAUAUAUAUAUAUAUUUUUUUUUUACAAAGAAAUACCUGAUUCUGGUCGCAGGCAUUAGUGUUCCCCUAUGGGCUCACAGUGUAUUGCAAUUCCUCCAGUGUGAAUGAUGUGUUCUGAAGGUGGCCAUACACAGGCCGAUAAAAGCUCCUGACAGUUGAUGCGGUCCUUGAUCCGCCCGUCUGCUCAUAUUCUCCUUGUUGUGAUCCAAUCGUUGGGUCCUAGGGCCCAUGAUCGGAUCAGGCCGAUAUCUCCCAACCUCACGGUGAGCAAAUAAUGGGAAAAUCUGUGCAUUUGGUGACCUCACCAAACUAGCAGAUCUCCGUAUGUAUGGCCAGCUUUAGACUUGUCUGCUUUUUAUAGUGGGUGCGGCACAGAUUCUCUGGAAAGCAGAGAGACCUCAAAUCCCAGAAUCAAGCACUUCACAAUGAAAGAAGGUAAGGGAGGGAGUUGUAUUAAACUCUGAGUUUAAGGACUGAACUCCACGGAGCGAUUCGUCAUGUGGUGACGAAACACAGGUGAAAAGUCAGAGUGGCGCCGAAUAUAAUGGGAGUAAUAGAAAGGUCGCAGGUACAAACUACAUAGAACACGACUGUCCGAUGAAGAUGCAGCGUGCAGCAUUUACAUUUGAUAGUCGUGUCGGAUACAUGUGAUUUGUACCUGUGAUGUUUCUAUCACUCCCAUUAUAUUCGGCCCUUUCCGACUUGUGGUCUGUUUUUCGUUGCCGCUUGACGAAUCGUUCAGAAUCGUUUGGUGAAGUUCAGCCCUAAAGAGGGUGGGGAACCAGUCCUAGAGACUACACAGGCAGACUAUCAUGGUUUCAUUAAAUCUAUAUAUUUUAUGAGCAUUGAUAAAUCAAAGCAUGGCCAGUUCCCGCGCUGAACUAGAGAGAACACAACAUUCAUAGUCCCUCUAAUUGUUAUUGUUGAGUGUAAAACAUCUAAUUUAGAUAAGUACUGAAGGCUUUUAUUUAUCAAAAUGUGAAAAGGAAUGAUAAUAAUAAUAAAAAAACAUAUAGUUAUGGGUA